CUUCUUACGAGUUUCCGCACAAGGACUAGACUAGAAAGUGUCUUCGCCUGCUUUACCGUCACCGUCAUGAUUGUGUUGCGAGUACUGACGUGUUUGACUUUAGUGUCGCUGUCAGGCGGUCAGACACUAAAUCUGUAUGAGAAUGUUACACUGAGUGGUGGAUGGACUGUCUACCCUAUUAGCUACGUCGUGGUGGAGAAUACAAGUGUUGCGUUAUGGUGCAAGCGGAAUGAUAGCGUCUUUCCUGUGUAUCAAAUUAGAUCGUUUGACGAAAGCUUUUUUGGAAAUGCGUUACAGAAGUUUAGGGGUGAUUCUCUGGUCAUGAUUGAACCCGAGACACUAAAACUCAAGAUUGACAGAUUCAGUAAGAAAUACGAAGGCGAAUGGCAGUGCACUAUACAAGUAAAUGAUCCUAUUCUUGGACUUGUGUCUCGCUCUGGUCCGACUCGUAAGGUGGAGCUUGCAAUUGCUCCUACCAUCAGUCAGUUUACUGCUCCUAAUACCAACUUGUCGGAUUCCGUGACGAUUACUUGUGAAUCUCCUGAAGCUAAACCAGAUCCUUCUUACCUGUUCAUCAGGCGGCAGAAAACAGGAGAGAUACUGAAAAAUGCAUCACUUACAAAAACUGUGAGCUAUACUAUUGACAAAGUCAAAGAAACUGAUGCUGGAGAAUACGAGUGUGUUGGUGAGAACAAGGCUGGACUUAGAAGCGGGACAGUAUAUUUUACAGUUCAAAGUGAGUAAGUGUUUAGUUCAGUAUGUGUGCUAGAUAGGUGCGACAGAAAUAUAUCAUAUCAUAUCAUAGUCUUUUGUUGUUAA